GGACUCUGUCCUGUAUUGCAUUAACAAUACAGUAGCUAAAAAGUUCUUGUUCUCUUGAGACGGUGUUCCAGAAAUGGCAAGCUUAUUUUACAGUGGAAUCUAAGAAGAAGGGACUCAGUUUUACCGGCCUUCGGUUAGGGUGUUUUGGCUUACAUCUUGGAAGAAGACUGCUAAAACUGGAAGGAUCUUUUUGCAUAUAGCAACAGGAUUUUGAAUGCUGCUCUAGGAAACAAAAGCUGCUUUGGUCACCGCUGUAUUAGAGGCUCCAGCUGGUGAAAGUGGUGUGUGGAAAAAGCAAUAGAGAGGUCCCAGAGGUGGAAGAAACUGCAAACCUUCCUUGGCCUGCACCUUUCUAAAGCGGAAGAAUGGCCUGUAACCUAAACUGUUGCCUGCUAGCUGGUGCAAUCAUUGGCGCACUGCUGGCCAUCUUCGGAGGUGUCCUGAUACCAGUUGGAAACUAUUUUAUUGAGAAGACAGUAAAAAAGGAAACAGUAAUUGAAAAUGGUACAAUCGCAUAUGAGAACUGGGUUGUGCCAGGGAGCCCGGUCUAUAGGCAGUUUUGGUUCUUUGAUGUACAAAAUCCAGAGGCAGUAAUGGAGAAUGCAUCACGUCCAAUACUCAAGCAGAAAGGCCCUUACACUUACAGGGUGCGCUAUUUACCCAAAGAAAGCAUUACCGAACAUCCUGACUCCACGGUGUCUUACUUCCAGCCAAAUAUCGCUCGCUUUGAGCCAGAUAUGUCAAUUGGACCAGAAAAUGACACCUUCACGAUAGUCAACCUUGCUGUUGUGGCUGCCCCUGCUUUGUUUCAAACGGGAUUUAUACAGGCCUUGAUGGACGUCUGGAUCAAGUCAUCCAAAUCAAAAUUCCUUCAAACCAGAAAUGUGAAAGAAAUUCUCUGGGGCUAUGAAGAUCCUUUCUUGAAGAAAAUCCCACUGGCAAAUGUUGAAAGGACAGUUGGAGUAUUCCUUCCGUACAAUGAAACACUUGAUGGGGUUUACAGAAUUUACAGUGGAAAAGAUAACACAAGCAAGACAGCAGAGAUCCAGAGUUACAAAAACAAAAGCACCACUUCGUACUGGCCUCAUUAUUGUAAUAUGGUCAAUGGUACAGAUGGGUCAUCGUUCCCGCCUUUUGUCAGCAAGGGUAAAACAUUGGAAUUCUUUUCUUCUGAUAUCUGCAGGUCAAUCUAUGGCAACUUUGACAGUGAUCAGCUUCUGAAGGACAUCCCACUCUAUCGCUUCAUAGUACCUUCAGCGGCUUUUGCAUCACCUACUGUGACCCCGGGCAACAUUUGCUUCUGCACAGACGAAGUGAUAUCCAGGAACUGCACAUCAGCCGGGGCACUGGACAUUAGUGCCUGCAAGGAGGGAAAGCCAGUGUAUAUUACACUACCCCACUUCUUGUAUGGAAGUCCAGACAUUUCUGAAGGCGUUGAAGGGAUGCACCCAAAUGAACAGGAGCAUAACACCUAUUUAGACGUGGAACCAACAACAGGAUUUACUCUACAGUUUGCCAAAAGGCUGCAAGUGAAUUUAUUGGUGAGGCCAAACACAAAAAUUACGCCUUUAAAAAAAAUUAAGUUUCCUUUCCUCUUUCCUAUCCUGUGGCUGAAUGAGACAGCAGUGAUCGAUGAUACUAAAGCAGAAUUUUUCCGAUCAAAAGUGACAAAUAAGAUCAAGCUACUACAACUAGUGGAAGCUGUGCUCAUCAUCAUUGGCUCUGUGAUGUUCCUGUCGUUCCUGGUGUCUUUUUUCAUAUGCAGAGCGCAGAAAUCAAAAUAAUUACCAAGCUACUUCAGAUAUAGGCAAUAGUCCCUUCAGACUUCAAGCAAGUGAAGUGUGGUGCACCUUCCUGAUGGUGCUGCUGGAUUAUGCUUUUGUGCGCGUAAAUAACCUAUGGAAGAAAUCCCAACCCAGUAUGGAAGUGUGUGACUUCCGGCUACCAGAAGCCCAUGACUGUUCAGAAGAGACACUUGACACUACCAGAAUGACUACCAUGGAACGUGAAUUUCUGAAGUCUUCUGAGCCUCUCGGUCACAUAACACUUCCAUCCACUUAAAAUGGAGCUGUGAUUUGGAACCAAGCCUAUGCUGCCGUUCAUGCAACUUGCUACCAUCACCCUGCUGUUUUCUACCUUGGGAAUUCAAGAAUGGGAAUAGAAGUCCUAGGCCUGAACUGCUGAUAAAAUGCCCAAAUUUUUGGCCAAGCCAUUUCCUGCUUUCAAAAAUAUGUGCAAUCCUGUUUCUCCUUCCACCCCUUUGAGGAAAAGAAGCCAAGCUGCUAUUCCUGUCUUCCAAAGAUGUGAAUUGUUAAAAAUGCUUUGUGUCAAGAGCAUGUGGGUGUGUCAGUAAAGGUGUCAUCCAAGGC